CCGAGUAACUAGGAAAUUAACAUCGGUUUCUGGUUACUCUAAUCAAGAAAGUCAGUGAAGAGUCUCGACUAAAGAGUGUUUUUUUAUUUGUUUGACAUAAUGGAACCAGGAUUCGAGGAUGAAUAUGAUCUUGUAGUGAUUGGUACUGGUUUAACUGAAUCAAUUGUUGCCACUGCAUGCUCAAGAAUUGGUAAAAAAGUUCUCCACCUUGAUCCAAAUGAUUAUUACGGAGACCUAUGGACCAGUUUUACAUUCCCACAAUUAGAUGAUUGGGCUCGACGUCAUGUUCAACUAGCUGGAGGUAAGAAUCUACCAGACAAUGGUUCACAACAUCAGCAGCAACAACAAUUCCAAUCUCAACAUAAUCAUGACCAAAAUAAUCCAAGUGAAAAAGUGAACAAUCAAACUUCAAAUAUUGGCAUCAGUUUGAGUAAAGUUAAUCUAACAGCUGGUGAAAUGGUUUAUCCAUGGGAGUCUGGGAUAAAUUUAAUAUCAAAUGUUGAACCUGUUUCUUACAUGAUAAAUGAAGCACCAGAAAAACAAGAUCUAGACAAAGCAACGGAGGAAGAAGAAGAAGACGUUGAAGAAGCUGAUGAUGAAACGGAACCUUGGACCUUUGAAAAGUUGUCAACAGAAAGGAAUUGGGGCAUUGAUCUUGUACCAAGACUUCUUUAUUCCCGUGGAGCCAUGGUUAACCUGCUAGUUUCGUCUAACAUCUGUAGAUAUCUUUCAUUCCGUUCUAUUGAGCGUAUCCUUUCAUGUUUACCUGGUACUGAUGAGUUAAUGGACGUGCCAUGUACUCGUCAAGAUAUUUUCAAUGAUAGUUAUACUUCACUGAUCGAGAAACGAGUUCUCAUGAGAUUUAUACAGCUUUGCUUGGAACUUGAACGUCGACCAGAUUUGAUUGAAGGAUUUGAAGGUUUUGAAGAGCAACCCUUUAUUGAGUACCUUCGAAGCAAAGGUUUUACACCUCUUCUCCAACAUCUUGUUCUCAACUCAAUUGCCAUGGUAGAUCCUACAACCCCAACUCAAGAGGCUAUGGAACAAUUGAAAAGAUUCGUCAGUUCAUCCGGAAGAUUUGGAAAUACUCCUUUUCUUUUCCCAUUUUAUGGUUGUGGUGAGAUUCCACAGGCAUUUUGUCGACUCUGUGCUGUAUUUGGUGGAACUUAUUGUCUCAAGCGAACAAUUGAUGGAGUUGUUGCUAAGGAUGACGUUAUUAACAGUAUCAUCGUUGGCUCUCAGCAAAUUAAAUGCCAAAAUCUAGUCUGUAGUCUAUCUAACGUACCUAAAAGUCUUCUCGUCCCUCGCCAAGUUACCAACAUUUCUCGAGCUAUCUUCAUUUCUUCUGGUUCCGUCAAAGAUUCUCAAUGUGCUGGAUCUUUACUCCGCUUCCCUGGACCUUUUCCAAUUCUCGUUGUUGAAUCCUCAUGGGCAAGCUUGAUUGCCCCAAAGGGUAUUUUUGUAAUUUAUGCAUGGUGUGAUUCAUUUACUGGAAAUGCCAAAGAAGAUUUACUCCCAAUCGCUCGUAAAUUAUUCAACUUUGAAAGUGGCGAUGAAAUGAAUGGUAAACCAAAAUUACUUUGGUCAUGUUUUUACAACCAGGCCACAGUGGACUGUUCAAGUAUAACUGAUAAAUAUCAGAAUCUCUAUGUUACUUCACCUCCAGUUAAUGAGCUUGAUUAUGAUGUUGCUAUUGAAGAGGCAAAAUCCAUUUUCGAUACUUUAUUGCCGGAUGAAGAGUUUCUCCCCAGAGCUCCAGAUCACGAUGAAAUUGUAAUUGAAGGAACACAAACUAACCAAGAAAUCGAUCUGGACUAACCCUUCCCUUGCAACUCUCUACUAUUGUGAUUACAAUCAAAUUUUUUCCCUUCUCUCAUUCACUGGAAUGAUUUUUUACUCUCAACUCUUUUUUUACCUUACCUUUGCUUUGCGCUAUUUAAUCAACUAUUUAUUUAUAAUAUCAAAUACCAAGACCAGACUAUUACUACGCUAACCUGAUUAUUUUUGUCUCGAAUUUUCUUUCCUUUUUCAUUCCAUUCGAAUGAAAAUUCUAACUCAAUUUUAUAUUGAACAAACAUUCAAAUCUAAUUUAAUCAAGAUUUACAAAAAUCAUUCAACAAGUGGAGAGGAUGAUUGAUUGUUGCCAAAGCUGAAUCAGCUAUUUUUAACAAUUGUAUUUCAACAAAACAUAAAACAAAUGUUAAAACAAUGAACAGAAGACAAAGUAAUAUCUUCAAGAAUCUUUUUUUAUACAUUUGACGAAUCAAUUGGAACAAUUUGUAACCUGUUUUUGUCCAUAAAAAAUAAAAUUCAUUCAUGAUUAGAUAAUCUUGGAUUAACUGAUCACUAACAUUAUAUUGUAAUAAAGCACGAUGGAUUUACCGAUCAAAGAAACAAAAAAACCAAGCAAAGUAAAGUAAAAAUAAACCAAUUUUUUUUUGCAAAA